AUGAGCGAGGGACUCGCAAAGCGGUCCCGCUCCUCGGACGAGGAAAAGACCAACUCGGGCCUCGACGCCAAAGACACCCACGAGUCCACCAGCCCCGAGACCUCGCUGCACCGCGGCCUGCAGUCGCGUCACAUCACCAUGAUUGCCAUUGGCGGCGCCAUCGGCACCGGUCUCAUCAUCGGCACCGGCAAGGCCCUCGCCCAGGCCGGCCCCGCUUCCGUCUUCAUCUCCUACACCAUUAUCGGUUUCGUCGUCUUCCUCGUCAUGGCUGCCCUCGGCGAGAUGGCCGCGUGGCUCCCCAUCUCGGCUGGUUUCACUGGUUAUGCUUCGCGCUUCUGCGACCCGUCUCUCGGUUUUGCUCUCGGUUGGUGCUACUGGUUCAAGUACAUCAUCGUCACCCCUAACCAGCUCACGGCCGCCGCUCUCGUCAUCCAGUACUGGCUCAAACCCGAAGAUGUGAACCCCGGCGUCUUCAUCGCCGUAUUCCUCGUCGUCAUCUGCCUCAUCAACUACUUUGGUAUCCGCUUCUUUGGCGAAUUCGAAUUCUGGCUCUCCUCCUUCAAGGUCGUCAUCAUCAUCGGCCUCAUCCUCUUCACCUUUAUCCUCGCUCUCGGCGGAGGCCCCGACCAUGACCGAAAGGGAUUCCGGUACUGGAAGGAACCUGGAGCCUUCAAGCCGUACAUCAACGAAGGCGCCAGCGGCAAGUUCCUCGGCUUCUGGUCCUGCAUGGUCACCGCCACCUUUGCCUACCUCGGCACCGAGCUCGUCGGCGUCACUGUCGCCGAAGCCCAGAACCCCGCAAGACGCGUCCUCUUCGUCGGCAUGAACGUCCCCUACGACGCCGACGAGCUCGCCAUGGGCCACGUCAUCAACGGCUGCAUCCUCGUCUUCGUCUUCUCCGCCUCCAACUCGGACUUGUACAUUGCCAGCCGCACGCUCUACGGCAUGGCGUCCGACGGUCAGGCCCCUGCCAUCUUCAAGCGCACCAACAAGCGCGGUGUGCCCGUGUACGCCCUCGGCUUCUCGGCCCUCUUCGCGCUCCUGGCCUUCAUGAACGUGUCCGACGACUCGACCAAGGUGUUUGGCUACUUUGUCAACCUCGUCACCAUUUUCGGGAAUCCCCGACUCGGCCCUUCCUACGUCGCGCCCCUCGGCAUCAAGGGCUCCUACGGCGCGCUCGUCAUGUGCAUCAUCGUCGCCCUCACCAAGAACUACGACGUCUUCGUCGGCGGCGACUUUGGCAACGAAAAGUACAAGACCUUCAUCACCGCCUACAUUGGUAUCCCGCUGUACCUGAUUUCCCUCUUCGGGCACAAGUUCAUCAAGAAGACGCGGGGCAUCAAGCCUCACGAGGUCGACUUCUACACGGGCAAGGAUAUCAUUGAUCGCGAGGAGCAAGAGUUCCUCGCCCGCAAAGCGGCCGAGAGGGAGCUCAAGGGCCCCAACCGCGGAGGGUGGUUCUACAAGGUUUUCCUCUCGUGGCUAUUUUGA